CUAGCUUUACCUAAUACCGGGUUCUAAAGGUCUAAUCCAAUCAAAAGCUGACCUCAUUCGACAAUUGAAAUCAGACCACCAAAUCCACAACUAAACAACUAAACCUGGAAUCCUGACGAGUCGACGUCUACAACACUCUCCCCUCUAAACAACGAACGAAGAUAUAAUACGUGAAAAGACAAACCACGAUGCUUCCCCAGCGACAGCUCCUCCGCGCGACGCCGCGCUUGGCUUCCCAGCUGCGUGCCGCCAAUACCACACCCGUCUUCCGCUCCGCUCUGCAGCGCCGCUUUGCUUCGACCGAGAACGCCUUCAUCAAGGAGCGACAGGCUGUCAAGGAGCACGCUGCCGCCACCACUGAGCUCUGGCGCAAGAUCUCCCUCUACGUCGUCCCCCCCGCCAUACUCCUCGCCGGCGUCAACGCCUACAACCUAUACCAGGAGCACUGGGAGCACUGGUCGCAUCUGCCCCCCCUAGAGGAGCGCGUCGAGUACCCCUACCAGAACAUCCGCACCAAGAACUUCCCCUGGGGCGACGGCGACAAGACCCUAUUCUGGAACGACAAGGUCAACUACCACAACAAGAACAAGACCACCUAAGCGCCCGACCGUAGUCGAAGCCUAUAUCGUGGAAUAGCCGACGAUGAACUAACUACGGGAAGCGUAGGAGUGGAGGGAAGUGCAUGCGGGAAUCAGUCAUAGAGCAAGUCGCCCUCGACGAGCAAGACGAGAGACAGGGCUGCUUGUGUGUAUCUUCGACAUUGUAGAUAUGCCAUUCCUUUUGUCAACCCAAAAGCAGAUCAAUCAAUCAAUCAUCUUACCUUGACAAGCAUAUAUACCAUAUGUUAGGUACAUAUCAUUACUUAUUAUCCUAACACUGGUAUGAACCUAGUAUGCUUGUCUGGGGAGUGCCUAACCUAACCUACCUAACUCAAGUCAUUAUCUACUACUACCUCAUAUACGAAGAAGAAAACAAGCACCAUAACGGGCAGUUAAUAUAU